GCAGACUCAAACGUAAGCAUCGGUCCUUGCUCAUCACCCAACACAACUUGAACCUGUCCUUCAUCGUGCUCGCACUCCCGUCGCCACAUUCCUCAUGCCCAAGACGACCAGUACUCGCGUUACUCGCCAGACGCGGCGGACUGCGACCCAGCAGCCACAGACCCGCAGCCAACCAGCCCGCGCCACAAAGACACGCCAGGCCAAGGGCAGAGGCGCUUCCUCUAGGCAACGCCCUGCAGAGGCCUCGGGGCCGGAGGACGCACUCGCAAGCAGUAGCUUGCCGGAUAUGUCCAAGCGCCUCACAGUACCCUAUGUGAACCCCAAAGAACUCUGGGAAAGCUGUACCGUACCAGGCCAUCGAUACAAGCUGAGCAUGGUCGAUAUACCGGAGUUCCACGAGGCCAGGCAGAAGAUGGAGGAUGCUUGGCUCGGUCAAACACCUGAGGGAGAGGCCCCACCUGUCUACUCCUCCAUCUACAGCUACAACCACGAGUACCUUCGCAUCCCGAAGAGCACCCCAGUACAGCCAGGUGUGCCGUCGACGUCGUUCGGCGGCGCCGUACGACAUAUGGCGUGGACUGAAGAGAUGGUGAACAUCAUCCUCAAAGCGGAGUUUGGGGACGUCGAGCUUGGUCACCAGUUCAUGAAGAGAUUUUACGAGGGCUCUGAAGUGAUUGGGGGCUCCCCCGACCCGAAGGAUCCCUCGAUCAGAUAUAUUCCCAUCCCGGGUCGCAGGUACCACAUGCGUCUGUGGACCGGUCGGAUGGAUGAGGCGGAGCUGGUCUGUUGGCAAUUCCUUGACAACAAGACGAAGCAGCCUAAGCGCAGGCCCGACAAGGUCAAGAUUUACGACGUGACCGACUCCUCGUGCCCACAGCGCCUCGUCUCGCUCGAGGAGGGACAACAUUACGACGAGACGGAGGACAAGAAGAAACCGUAUUCCUGCGAUACCUUCGCUGCCCCGGAUGGCUCCAUCGUCGAUUUUGUGCACAAGGGGAAGCCCCUCAUGCGCAUUCAGCUGCCUAAUCGCCCUAAAGUUGGCCCUCCAAAGAUCGAAGAAUACGUCGAGCACAAGGUGCUACCCGUCGACCCGAACCAGCUCUAUCAGGCGGUUGAGAACGUGGUCGUCGAAGAUGGUGGCUUCGUCAUCAUUGACGACGGCGAAGAGGAUGGCGCCCAGGAAGACUCCGACAAUGAUGCCGACUGACCCUUCACUGGAAGUCGUAGCGCUUACUCCAUAUAUAUACGGUUUGUUGACUCGGACGUUGCGGCUGGCCGCCUCUAUCCUUCUCGUACGCGCUGUUGCUUCGCUAUGUUGCUGUACAUUGCUGUUUGUCUCUGCUGUCUUGUUGAUGAUACUCUGUAUAUGCUUAUGUUCUCGGACUUUAUGCCUGCUCGCUUGAUUGACGUCCGAAUGAAUGGCUUUGCAAUCGAUCAGACUCGAGAUCACCAGUU